AACAGAGGGAUUUCUUCCCCGAAAACAAAACACAAGGAAAGAAUCUGCGGAGCGCGAGACGAGGAGAACCGAAUCGAGCUCGAGCAUCAGAGGCGGCGCGCGGGCAUGGAGGAUCUCAGCGUGGAGGAGCUCGCGGCCAACCUCUCCACCUACAAGGACCAGCUCCGCGAGGUUAGGAAGCUUAUCAAGGAGAAUAAGGAUGAUGCUGGAAUAUCUGAAUAUGUUGAUAUGGAAAAGGAGCUUCAGGAGGAGCCAUGCACAGCAAGAUCUCAUGAAAGGCAGCUUGGAACAGUGGAUUUGUUUUUGGGCCAUUUAUAUUUUGUUGUAACCUUGAAAGGUGAGAAGGUUGAUUAUGACAAUGGUUUGUGUCUCAUGGUUAUUACAUUAACUGAAGAGCUUUUGGCAACUGCAAAUCAAAGUGACAGUGCCCAGAAUAAUGUAGGUUUAUCACUGCCAAAUUAUUCAGCCGGAGAGCAGUCAGAGGCACUGGAUGACUUCUCGCAAUCCCAUGAAAAGUUUGCAGUUGGUACAAAAGUGCAGGCUGUGUAUAGUGAAGAUGGGGAGUGGUAUAAUGCAACAAUUGAAGGUCUGACACCAAAUGGUUAUCAUGUAAGCUAUGAAGGCUGGGGAAACAAGGAAGAGGUGGACCCUGCUAAUGUCAGGCCACGUGACGAGGAAGCUGCUGAUGCUUUGGGACAAGCUGCGAAGGAAGCUGAAGCGACUAAAAAUGCAAUAAAAAGGAAAAUUGAACAGGCAGCAACAUCUGACUAUCAGAUCCGUAGCUUACCUGCCAAACUUAAGAUCGACCCAAAUGACCCUGAAGAUGUGAAAACUGCAAAACGUAAGAAGAUACAUGCUUUCAAGUCAAAAGCACGCUUCGAGCAACUAGAAUUUAAUCAGAACAAGCGGCAGAAUGCAUGGCAACAGUUUCAAACAACCAAAGGGAAAGCUAAAAAGGUUGGAUUCUUUUCUGGUCGCAAAAAGGAGAGCAUCUUCAAGUCACCAGAAGAUCACAGAGGUAAGGUGGGUGUCACUGGGAGCGGGAAAGGCCUGACCGACUUCCAAAGGAGGGAGAAGCACCUGCAUCUCAAGGAUGGCUCUGGAGACACAAUGGACGACGAGGAAUAGAUUGAGUUUUAGAUUGCGAGUGUCUCAGACACUGCCAUGUCCGCGCUUAUUGCCGGACUGGCCCCACCGGUGCUUUUACUCUGUACUUUGUAUGCUGAGCUUGUUGAAUCUAGAAAUCAGAUCACAUAGAUAUUAAUACUGUCUUCUUCAUGUUUCUGCCUUGUGAUCCAAUGGUGCCCCUCUGAUUAUCCGGGUCUUGGGCAGACUCAAUUUUCCGAAGUCA